AUGAAAUCUCCUAACCGGGCAAUGGGCGCAGACUGGAGACACUUGGUGACGGAAACCAUUUCUCUUGGAGCCUUCUCAUUUGUCUACGUCACGCUCGGUACGAGUUUCUUUGUUGGAAUUAAACGAGUUACUGAUGAUGAUGAUGAUGAUGAUGAUGAUGAUGAUCGUUAUGAAAAUGAUGAUGUUGGUUGUUGUGGGCAUGGCAGUGGUGAUGAUGAUGAUUGUGAUGAUGAUGAUAUUUAUGAAAAUGAUGAUUUUGGUUGCUGUGGGUAUAUCAGCGAUGGUGAUGGUGAUGAUGGUGAUAAUAUUGAUGAAACUCAUGAUGGUGGUUGCAGUGAUGAUGACGAGUCUGCUGAUCAAGAAGGCGAUCACAAAUGA